ACUCUCGUCGCGUUCGCAGAGCCUCCGAGAUGGCUCUGCCUUUGCCGUUGCUUAUAUUUUUCGGGCUAUGCUAUCUGACCGUUUUUGAAGCUGCACACCCACCACCGCCUAGGGGUCAACCGGGGCCCCCCGAAAGAUCGGCGAUCCACUUUCCGGUGGAGAGUGACAUACUCUUUCCCGACUCCGAUGGUGGGUCUAACGAGUCGGCGGAGAAGAUGUGGUACCACAUAAAUGACUUUAGGUACGGUGGAGAGGAGAAUCGGCCCAAGCCCAAGCGCAAGCACCACCCACCGCCACCGAAGCCGGGGCAGCCCUUUCCCCCGCCACCCGGGGGCUUCAAAAAGAAGAAGAACCAGCGCCGCCGCAUAUGUGAGGAGAAAUACUCACAGUACGUAGAGCGCAUCUUCCCCAACGACACGGCUGUGGCGGCCGACGCAAAUGACGCGGACUUUGAUGGGCGUAUACUGGUCAGGCCUGGUGAAUACCCCCAUAUGGCAGCCGUGGGCUUCGAGGCUGACGGAGGCAAAAUCGAGUACAAGUGCGGUGGGAGCCUGAUAAGCGAAAAUUUUGUGCUCACCGCCGCCCAUUGUACUUCCAUAUACGACCUGGCCCCCAAGUGGGUGCGCAUCGGGGACCUAAAUUUGGUCGCCGAAGAGCGGACGGUGGAGCCCCAACUUAUGAGGAUACAGGAAAUCAUCACGCAUCCCGCUUACAACAAAGACUUCUACUACGACGAUAUAGCCCUGCUGAAGCUUGAAAACAAGGUUAAAUUGACGGUGUACGUCAGGCCCAUACGUCUUUGGAUCUUCUCGGAACUGCCAACGACGAUUGCGUUUGCAAUGGGAUAUGGAGCAACGGCCUUCGCCAAGCCCAUGACCAACCGUCUCACGAACCUCAACCUGACCAUUGUGCCGAAUGCAGAGUGCAACCAGGAGCUGCCGGCCCUCGCGGAGACUCCCAAUGGUGUCCUUGAUAGCCAGAUCUGCGGUCAGGACUACAACCUCAACAGGGACACCUGCCAGGGCGAUUCUGGCGGCCCCUUGCAGCUUAAUCUUCCCGGUCGCCGACGACGGGAAAGAAUCCACUAUCACCUAAUCGGCAUCACCUCCUACGGCGUUUUUUGCCGCAGUAAUUAUCCAUCCGUUUACACACGAGUGUCGUCCUACUUGGAUUGGAUAGAGCAGACCACGUGGAGCGACGACUAGGACGAAAAAUAUUUUGACUUGUUUUUAUGGUUUAACAAAAUAAUAAAAUACAUCAUACAGAUGA